GUUCCGAAUAUUUAAUAAAGCACUCAACUUUUUGUGAUUAUCAUCCUUCCUUAUAAAUAUUGUGUUUUGUUGAAGGUCAGGCGUUGAGAGGGUUUUAAAUACAAGCAUUUGUGAUGUGCCCGUCAUUUGAUUCAGACAUUACAUCAAUUGCGUAAUCAAUUCAGAGCUUUGGAAUUGCAGUAAUGAACGGUGCAAGUAAAUGCAACUUGUUAAUUUUUAUGUUUCUAUUUGUUGCAACUGUUGUUUCGCAAGAAAAGUUCUAUGAUAGAAGAUACGAUUAUUACGAAAUAGACACUUUGAUACAGAAUCCUAGGUUACUGAAGAAGUAUUUGGAUUGUUUUCUUUGGAAAGGACCCUGUACACCCAUAGGAAGAGUGUUCAGACAAAUCCUGCCCGAAGCGGUUCAGACAGCGUGUAAGAAGUGCACUCCAUCACAGCGGCGACUGGCAAGAAAAACGUUCAACGCUUUCAAGGGAUAUUUCCCAGAGAUCCAUGAGGAACUGAGGAAGAAACUUGACCCAAAAAACAAGUACUAUGAAGCCUUUGAGAAGGCUAUAUCGAAUGCUUGAACCAAUCCACUGCCCACUUAGCGUUUUAUCAAAAAUCAACUGUGAAAAUGAGGGUUUUGGUUGUACUGUCGUGCUUGGUCGUGGUGGUGUUCGCUGCUGAUAAAUACAACCCUAAAUA